GCACUUUUGAGUCGACUCAAAAGCGCAUCCCAGGGGGCUACAGGCGCUUGCUGCAGCGCCCCUCCAACUACAACUGGGGGCUACAGGCGCUUGCUGCAGCGCCCCUCCAACUACAACUGGUGAGGCGAUUCUUUGUCUCACCCUCUCACUCUCCCUGGGAGGCACUCUGUGAGGCACUUUUGAGUCGACUCAAAAGCGCAUCCCAGGGGGCUACAGGCGCUUGCUGCAGCGCCCCUCCAACUACAACUGGUGAGGCGAUUCUUUGUCUCACCCUCUCACUCUCCCUGGGAGGCACUCUCUGUUUCCUUCGCCACACCUCCUCCCCCACACCCCCUCCCGCCCCCACUUCCAUAACCCUUUCCCUCCCUGCGUCCCCCACUCUGUCUCCCCUGCCCUCGCAAGUAAUCCCACCCUUAUUCCCUUCCCCACCUCAUUCCCCAACACUUGUCACAGGAGAGUGCUGGCUUACUGGCGCCCCACACAAUGACGCUCCUGCAGUGGUGGAGGCAGCGCAUGUGUACUAUGGGUUCAAGCAGCCGGGGUACAAGGGAGCCCUCAAACAGGCGCAGAGGGGAGAAGAAAAGGCAGGGGUUGCUGCUGGCGGUGCUGCACUCAGUGGGGUAGACGCAGCAACAGGAGAAGCAGGGGCAGGAGGGGAAGCGGCAGGGGCAGUGCCGGCAGUGGUGGUGUUGGCUUCAUCAGAUGGAGUGUGGCUGGGCAGAGACGAGCUGGAGCGCCUGGGGAUUGGGGAAGGGCCCAUUGGGGCCCUGGUGGAGGGGGGUGAUGGGGAGGAGGGUGGGCCUGAGAGGGGCGAAGCUGAGGCAGGUGCGGCGACAGAGGAUGGAGAAAAAGCGGAAGGGAUAGUUGAGAGUGAGAUGGAGAACGGGAAUGAGGAUGGUGGUGAUGAGAAGGAGAAGGUAAAGCAGGGAGAAAAGGACGCUGGAGCGGGUAGCGGGGAGGGGAAGGAGCAAGCGGCAGGGAGGAGGGGAGAGCGAGGGGUGGAGGGAGCAGCACAGGAGGGUGUGAGGGUGGCGCUGCAAGUAGAAUUCACUCUGCCUGCCUCGGGAUACGCCACCAUGGCGAUUCGUGAGCUGCUUAAGGCAUCCACUGCUGUGAGUGCCAGCAGCCUUCCAUGUUACAUGAUGCACUUCUGA